CAAUCUUGUACCCUACCAUUUCAAACCCAAAUUUUCACCUACGUGGUCCCUUGGAGGGAAAAAAAAACCAUCUUCAUGAUCAGUUGAUUCAAUUCAAAAUGGACCACAGGACAUCUAUAGAAAGUGAAGAAAGCAUUCGUUUGCAGAUUGCUGAGAUGGACUCGAGGAUCGGAGAAACCAGCGUUGCAGGUCCGACCAUUUUUGAUCCCCAGAACAGUAUCAACACAAAAAACAGCAGCAACACAAAUUCAGGUUCUUCUACUACUAGACCAGCAGUGCAUGCACCGGAAAAGAAACUGACCAUCUUCGCCCUCCGGCUAGCUGUGCUGGAGAAAACAGCCACUGGCCUUGGAACUCUCGGGUUCAUCUGGGCUACAGUUGUUCUUCUUGGUGGAUUUGCCAUUACUCUUGACAAAACAGACUUCUGGUUCAUAACCAUAAUUUUGUUGAUCGAGGGGACUCGAAUAUUCAGUAGGAGUCAUGAGCUUGAAUGGCAACACCAAGCCACAUGGUCAAUCACUGAUGUAGGAAUCAACAGCUUCCGUACCAUAAGGUCCAGCUCACACUUGAUCAUCAAAACGGUGAAGGUGAUUUUUAGGCCAAUUUCUGCAGUUGGGAAGCCAAGCAGGCACAGCAGGGAAAUUGCAGAUAGUUUGCACCAGGGAGGCCGUGGAGACUGGGAUCAAAAGAAGACGCCAACCAGAUCAUGGGUAAGCUCAGAUGUUCCGAUGCUGCCAUAUGCUCCAUGGGUUUUUAUCUCCAAAAAUGUUAGCAAGCUUCUGUAUUGGCUACAACUUGCAUCUGCAACAGCCUGUGUUGUUCUUUCUUCGAUGAAGCUUAUUCGACACAACUAUGGUGAAGUCGCCAAAGGAGAUAGCGAUAGGAGGAACAGGAAUGCUGCUUUAUAUAUUUUCUAUUCCUUGGCCUUGGCCGAAGCAUUGUUGUUUCUCCUGGAGAAAACGUACUGGGAAUGGAAGGUCAACUACUGUAAAGUGCUGGAUAAGGUGAACAAGGAGUGUGAGUUGGGGCCUUCAGGAUUGAUAUACACCAGAAGGUUUUUCUAUGAUGCCUAUUCAAGAUGUGUCAAUGGAAGCAUUUUUGAUGGCAUAAAAAUGGAUAUGGUAUCAUUUGCCAUGGAACUCUUGAACUCAAAUUCUCCGGAUGAGCAGCUAAUGGGAGCUCGGAUUCUACGACAAUUUGCAAAGAGCAAGCAGUUUUCUGAUGACACACUACAAAAGAUUGGAAUAACCAUAUCUGUUAUUGAAAGAUUAGUAGAGAUGCUGAACUGGAAAGAUCCUCAGGAGGAAGAGAUCAGGCACUCAGCGGCAAAGAUCUUGUCAAAAUUAGCUGGUAAAAAGCAGAACUCUCUUCGGGUAGCUGGUAUACCAGGUGCAAUGGAAUCAAUAUCGUCUCUGCUCCAUAUUAACAGGAACUCAAGUGGAGCAGCUGAUGAAAUCUCGGAAAAGAAGAUCAUUUUUGACAAUGAACAUUACGAUUUUUGGACAUUCAAUCAUCUGGGGCUUCUCAUCCUAAAGAAACUUGCCCGCGACCAUGACAACUGCGGAAAGAUUGGAAACACAAGAGGCCUAUUACCAAAAAUAAUAGAUUUCACACAUGCAGGAGAGAGAUUAUUAAGGGACGAAACCGUUACCCCAUCUAAAAUUUUGACAGUGAAGCGAUCUCUGCAAGUGAUGAAGAUGCUGGCAAGCACCACAGGAGCCACUGGUAAACAGCUCCGGAAGGGGAUUUCAGAGGUAGUUUUCACAAUUAGCAACAUCAGAGACAUAUUACGAUAUGGGGAGAAACACCCGAUGCUACAAAACUUGGGUAUAGAAAUUUUAACAAGUCUGGCUUUGGAAGAAGAUGCAACCGAAAGGAUUGGGGGCACAGGUGGAGUUCUCAAAGAACUGUUCAACAUUUUCUUCAAAGAGGGGAUGCCUGAGGACCAGAAUCAUGUGAGAAUUGCAGCUGGAGAAGCGCUAGCAAUGCUAGCAUUGGAAAGCAAGAAUAAUUGUCAUCGCAUUUUUAAAUUGAAGGUGGCCGAAAAGCUUGUUGAAGCAUUGGAAAUUCCAUUGCUUCGCAUAAAUGCAGCUAGAAUUAUGAGAAAUCUGUGCAGGUACUCUGGAGGAGAUUGCUCUGAACAAUUAAGGGGCUUCACAGCGGCAGGAUCAACUGUGCUUAAAGCAAUCAUGACAGAAGGCAGCAAAUUGCAGGAAGUGAUGAUUGGACUAGCAGCACAUGUUUUCAAGUUAAUGACAUCUCAGGAGUCGAGUAUCAUGUUCGAGAGAGCUGGGGUUCAAGAAGCUGAAUUAGCUAGCACAAUAGUCCAGAUUCUAAACAACUAUCAGUACCCACAUAUCAAGAUUCCAAGAAUGAGGAGGUUUGCCAUAGAGUUGGCAAUUUGGAUGAUGAGAGAUAAGAAGACAAAUGUUCAAACAUUCAAAAAUCUGGGCAUGGAGAAGGAACUGGAGUGUGUUAUAGAAACCACUUCAGAACUAGAAAGCUUCACUAUUUUCUCUGGGACUGUUGGGCUGAGUCGGCACAGCACGACAAUUCAUUCCCUAGUUGAAACUGCGAUGAAGUUGCUGGCGGAUAAGUAAAUUACAGUGAUGCAACACAGAUUCCCAGAAACAACAUGCAAUGAUCUUGUAAAUAAAUAAUUCAG